UUGAGUGUGGGUAAGUGAACUUUUCAAAUUGUUUUUGUUUCUUUGGUGGCUUCGUGGUUUCACUUGAUUACCUUGUUAUAAGAAGCUCAAAAUGUCUUGGCAAAGUUAUAUCGAUGACAACCUAUUAGCUUCUGGUUUUUGCUAUGCCGCUAUUUGUGGCUUUGAUGGUUCUCCCUGGGCCAACUCUCCAGGAUUCCAGUUGUUGCCUGAGGAAGCAACUCUAUUGAGCAAAGUUUUAUCGGAGGGAAAUAUUGAUACGAUUGCUUCCAAUGGUUUUACAGUAGCUGGACAAAAAUAUGCCUUUACUCGUGCAGACUUGGAUGACGAAGAGGCAGCCCCGAGUAUUCAAGGAAGAUGCAAAGAAGAAGGUUUAUCUGGAAGAGGUUUGAUUGUGAUGAAAAGUAAUCAGGCCUUGAUUGUAGGAGUCCAUGAUCCAGAAUACACAAGCGCAACUUUCCGGCAGGUGAAUCUGGACAUGACAAACUUGGCCAACUAUUUGAUGGAGAAUGGCUUUUAGUCUAGCCAUGAACGACUUGUGAUGCUCAACAUUUCCCAAUAUUUGAUCAUCAGUUCGAGUAGCCAGUUUAAUGACAUGUUACUUGUGUGUUGUGUUGAAAUAAAGGCAUAUGAAUGACU